UAGAAAUAAAAAAGAGGGGGUUAAAAGGGGGCGCGUUUCAAAACUGAUUUAUUUCAUUCAGCUACUGUCAUAGUAUCAGUGAGGAUAUAUUACAUUGACUAUAGAAUCUGCUACUUGACUCCAUUACUUCAGCAUGCAAGGUUACAGUGCUUUUGGCCUGCAGCUUCAGGCACACCAUCCUUUCCUAGGUCUUCCACCCCCAACACACCACUUACAGCUGGCCUCGCCAUUUUUCUUCGGACAGUAUCCUGAUAUUCUAUUUGAUGCUCGCUAUGGGUCCCACCGGAAACAGAGACGCAGCAGGACGGCUUUCACCAAUCAACAGCUAGGCGCCUUAGAAAAGACUUUUGCUAAAACUCAUUACCCGGAUGUAGUCAUGAGAGAAAGACUGGCAAUGAUUACCAACCUCCCAGAGGCCAGGAUACAAGUUUGGUUCAAGAACAGGCGAGCCAAAUACCGUAAGAAGCAACGCGGAGCUCGUCCCAAGUCUCAAGACGGAGACGCGUCGGCAAGCGGCAAAAUAGGGAAGCAAAAUGGCCGCCUUGACAACAGGGCCUCAGAGGAUGCUGGGAAGGAAGACUCUUGCAGGGACAGUUCGUUUUCUCACAGCGAGGACGAGAACGACGCGGACAGUGAGUGCCCAGACGUGGACGACGAGUCACCGGAUGUGGAAGUGACGUCAUUGUGUGAUAAAGAUGAAUUCAAAAGUCUAGCCGACGAACGUAAAAGUUCAACCCCAGUGUCACGAGGUCGUGAGCAGGACGACAUUAAAUCUCAAUCCCAGAAUACUUCAUCGCCUCACAGGGCUUCAGCAUUCCCUGAGCAGGCAUCGGAGAGCAGGUCCACCAUCUCCUCCCCUCUUUCUGCCCCUGACUAUCGUUUCACUGGUCCUGGCAGUUACCUCCCCUAUCAUUUGCAUCCUGGACUUGGACAUCAGCUUGGCCUGAAUAGCAGCGCUUCUUUAACCAAAGAUAUUCCCUCACCUACAGUCUCGUCACACAAGCCAGGGGGUGCCCCAGUGUCGUCGUCUCACCUGCCGUUUCCCCUCUCGGCGUCGCUGCCUUCUCACCUGUCGUCGGCCCAGCUGUCGCUUCCGUCGUCACUGCCGCCCACGUUUUCACUGACCACGGCACAUCCGGGCAGCCUCUUGUCGGGGUCGCUUACCCCUCACAUGGCGCCCUUCUCCCCGUGGACGUCUUAUUAUAGCCCGUCUCAACUGCACGACAUUCUGAUGAGGUAUCCCCUGAGGCAGGAUACGCCAUUGCGCUUGCCUCUACCAACGCCAAGCGGCAAAGACACAAUUUUAUCUUCAAGCGUCGAGAGCUUGAGACUGAGAGCGCGGCAUCAUGCCGCUUGUAUGGGACUACUAGACGGAGCCUCCAGAACGUGACGUCAUCAGAAGUAGGCCAUGGAGCUAUGACAGCCAAGUUACAGCUUUAUCAAAGAUGACAAAAAGCGUGGACUGACAUUUACGCAUGUCACUUAAUCAGCACCCCUCUCACUCACCUUUCAGAAAUGACAUUAAUGAUUGCGCUGAAUUGAAUCAAGCCAUUCAAGCCUUUAAAUUUGAAACUAAAUAUAGAUAUCCACAAGCUAGACGGCCAUGCCUGGAUGUGAUUUCCUCAAUGGAUCUUACAGAGGUAACAAAUCUCAUCCGUUUAUUUCACAGCCUCCUGACUCUACCAACACAUCGCUCUUUGUGUUUGCAUGUGUUACUAGGAUUUAUAUUCGUGAGAGAAAGCUUUUUAAACAACUAACAAUAAAACGUUGAAACUUUCUUAAACAAACAAAAAAUAUAGACAGACAUAUUGUUAAUGUUAGUUACCAUAGAACCAUAUGUUCGCAAUCCAUCAAUCAAAUAGGUAAAUCUUGGUGGGGAAUGUGAUUUUUUUUUUGUUUCAUUUAUUUGUAAAAUUAUGAGAUGCAAAAUAAAUUAUUGUAUUUAUUA